AAAGAGUCCUGAUGAUCUGCUUUCAGUUUGCGUGAGUUUUGUGAGACUCCAUCUCCAGCAUAUGUUUCGAAUCUAAAGAACAACACCCAGUUGUGACUUGUUGCUUAAAUUCUCAAGGUAUUUUUUUUAAAUUAGCAACCUACACCUGUGUAAUAUCGGGUAAAGCUGCCAUCAUGAGUGAUGUAGUGGUGUGUGAAACAUCUGUGAAGCUGAAAAAGGGGGACAUCACUGCUGAAAGUACAGACGCCAUAAUAAACUUAAACAAUGCUAAACUGGACUGCAACAAUGGUCUAUCUAAAGCUAUCUUAGACGCAGCAGGCCCUGAAGUUAAAGAAGAAUGUAAAGCUUUAGCUAAACUCCCCAACGAUGGCUCAGUUGUGACCUCAGCCGGAAAUCUGAAGUGCAGAAAAAUAAUUCAUCUGAUUGACAUUCGACCACACAACAUUGUUGACGCCGUAAAGAAAGCACUUAAAGCCUGUGAUAAGAACAACAUGGCGACUAUUAGUCUCCCAGCAAUGGGAACAGGUACACAGAAAAUGAAAGCCGAAAGUUCUAUAAGACUGAUCAUUAAAGGUAUAGAGGACUACCUGAGCGAUCCUUCUGUGAUGACCGUCAUUUCUGAGAUCAUCAUUGUUGUCUUCGAACAAGAUGUUUAUAAAAAAUAUCAAUGUUUUUUCCAGAAUUACAAGACAAAUUACCCUCAUUUCUGGGCUUUUGGAAAGAUAAUAGAACUAGUCAAAGGUGACAUCACUCAUCAGGCAGUGGACUGUAUUGUGAACUUAACCUUUUCAUCACUGAAUCGGACUAGUGGUGUUUCAGGGGCAAUUCUAAGUGCUGCAGGGGACACUGUUAAGGAGGAAUGCAAAAAAAUUGGUUCUAUUCAACCAGAUGGAGUUGCAAUCACAAGUGGUGGAGAACUUGAAAGCAAACGUAUUAUGCACAUUAUUGGACCAACCAGGGUGCCUGAUUAUGAACCUUCAAUCGACAGAAUUCUGCUUGAAUGCCAUAAGAAUGGGUUCACAAGUUUGGCACUUCCAGCCAUUGGGACAGGCGCUGCCGGAGUAAAUGUAGAAGAAUCUAUCAAGGCGAUUCUGAAAAGCAUUCUCAACUACUUAUCCGAUACCUUAAUCCCUUCGCUUGAGACAAUCUUCAUAAUUGUUUUUGAGGAAAAUAUUUACAAGAAAUAUCUGAAGGUUUUUCAAGCAAAAAGCACAGAAUUACAGGCACUGCAAAGGGAAGAAAGGAUAGUGACAGCAACAUUUCAUGGAGCAAUAUUUACCUAUCCAGUGACAUGGACUGAUAUUGGGAGAAGUGAAUUUCAGGAAAUUGUACUUACAAAAACUUCCCAAGAAUACAAAGACGUGAAAGAUAAAUUCUUUAAAACGACAUCAGCGAGUACAUAUAAAGUUACAGAGAUCAAACGUAUACAAAAUGUAACAAUGUGGCAGAGUUUCACCAUUAACAAGCAAGCUGUGAACAGAAAAAACCCCGGCCAGAAAAAUGUAAGGCACCUGUACCACGGCACACACACUGAUGCCAUUGUCAACAUCAACCGUGAUGGGUUCAAUAGAGUCUACUGUGGUAAAAAUGCUACAGCAUAUGGAAAUGGAACGUACUUCGCUGUCGAGUCAUCAUACUCUUGUAUUGACGCAUAUUCCCGUCCUGAUCCUAAUGGAAAUAAAUACAUCUACCAAGCUGCAGUGCUAACCGGACGAUAUUGUGCGGGACGGUCCUCCUACAAGGAAGCUCCAUGUAUCGAUGGUGACCACAGUAAAGGCCGCUAUGAUUCAGUAGUGGAUAAUGUUGACACACCCAAAAUGUUUGUUGUUUUUCACGACGACGUUGCCUACCCUGAAUAUCUGAUCACUUUAAAGAAAAGAUCAGAAUAGGUUAUUGAGAAUACUAUAUUCUGGAGAAUUUUUUUCUUAAAGGGGAAUGCCAGGAAUUGUUUUUUAUUUGACUAUGCUACAGGGGCUGUAAAGUUAGUGUAGUUCAUAUUAUAGUGUCUGUACCUGUGUGUGACGGUUUUCUCACAAUUCUUCUGCAAUUUUCACCCCAAUAUUUAUUUUACCAGCAUACAAAAUGUACAAAAUGACUGUUGUCUCAGAUAUUUCCCAUGUUGCAGUGCGGCCGAGACCUGACUCACUAGUCAGCUGAUGACGGGAGUCUGUCUGCUUCAAUGGGUGGAGGGAUCGCUUGGUGGGAGAGAGAUCAAUCUGUAACUAAUGCAACAGCUGUAGGCACCCUGAUUGAAAACAACAGGUCUUUUGAAUGUUUGAAUGGAUGCAGCUAAUUUAUGUUUCAAUGGGUGGGGUGGCUGAUGUGUGGGAGGAAGGAAAAUGGAAUUGUGGGAUUUGUAGGCAAAGAAGGAAACUCAAACAGGAAAUACCAGUUCACAAAAAGCUAGCCACAGUGUUAUGGUAAUCUCACAACAUAGCCAUUUAGCCCCAAGACAAGCGCAGGGCACCCGACCAAUCAGGGCACCUGCUGCGGGUGUCACUUCCACAACCCGCUCCGCCCCUCUUCCGGAGGACGUGAGCGGGUGAGGGAAGUGGUCCCCGGCAGCUGGGGACCCCGAUCUCCGGCGUCCCUGUUGGGAUCGGGGCCCCAGGAGCGGCGGCGGCGAGGGACUGACCUGAAGCAGCGGCUUGCAGCAGUAGGAGGUGAGUGAGAGCCUCCUGCUGUUGCUUAGCAACGGCUCCCAGCAUGCAAAAAGGGCAUGCUG